AUGCGGCGAGGCUUGAGCCCUCUCAGACGGCAUGCUGCGCUCCCCAUUCGCGCGCCUCCGCCGCCGUCUCAGGCUCGCGCGUUGCAGCGCCGCUGGCAGGGCACAAGCACGAGCACGAGCACGGGCUCGGCCUGCAACCACUUUGUCGACAGCGGCAAAAUCGAACCAACGAGCCCGCCCCCGCCGCGGCUACCCGGCGCGAAGCCCUUCCGCCUCGCCGUCAAGGACAACAUCGCGACCGCCGAGUUCCCCACGCAGUGCGCCUCGCGCAUCCUCCUCGGCCAUGCCUCGCCCUUCGAGGCCACCAUCGUCCGUCAGCUGCGCGCCCGCGGCGCCGACGUCGUCGGCAAGACCAACAUGGACGAGUUCGGCAUGGGCUCCCACUCGACCAACUCGAUCCACGGCCCCGUGCGCAACCCGCUGGCGCUCGACGGCGAGCCCAUCUCCGCCGGCGGUAGCUCUGGUGGCAGCGCCGUCGCCGUCGUGGUGGGAGACGCCGACUUGGCCCUCGGCACCGACACGGGCGGCUCCGUGAGGCUCCCGGCUUCGUACACCGGCACCGUCGGAUACCGGCCCAGCUACGGCAUGAUAUCCCGCUACGGCGUUUUCCCCUAUGCCAACUCGCUCGAUACGGUCGGCUUCAUCGCCAGGGAGGUGCGGCCUAUGCUCGACCUGCUCGUCAACACGAAGCUGGACGAGGAGCACGACGCCCAAGACCCGACGUCGCUGUCCGCGGCCACCCGACAGCGUUGCGCCAAGGCCUGUCCUCCAACGCUGCAGGACAACACGCAGCUCACGGUGGGGAUACCCCUCGAGUACAACAUUGCCGAGCUGGACCCCGCUAUACGUCGGUCGUGGAUCGAGGCCGCUUCUGCCCUCGAGGCGCAGGGCGCCAAGAUCGUGCCCGUCUCUCUCCCGUCUACCAAGGAGGCGCUCUGCGCGUACUACGUUAUCGCCGUGGCCGAGGCGUCAUCUAACCUGGCCAAGUACGACGGCGUACGAUAUGGCGUGCGCGCGCCUGGCAGCGAUGCGGCCGGCGAUGCGCUCUACUCGGAGACUCGCGGAAGCGGCUUCGGCGACGAGGUGAAGCGGCGCAUCCUGCUGGGCACCUACAGCCUCAGCUCCGAGGCCAUGGACAACUACUUCAUCCAGGCGCAAAAGGUGCGCCGCCUCAUUCGCCGCGACUUCGACCGCGUCUUCCGGCUCGCCAACCCGCUUCAGGACCCCGAGCAGUUCGACCUGAGCGACAUGGCCGAAGACACGGGCCUCGAGGACAAGCGCGGCCCGCCGCAGGUCGACUUCCUCCUCUCGCCGACGACGCCCUCGUUCGCGCCCAAGCUACGCGACGUGCUCGAGAACAGCAGCACCGACGCCUACAUGAACGACGUCUUCACUGUGCCGGCCAGCCUGGCGGGGCUGCCGGCCAUGAGCGUCCCCGCGCGGACGGACGAGAGCCGCCUGCCCGUAGGACUGCAGCUCAUUGCCCAAUACUGGGACGACAAGCGCCUCCUGGCCAUGGCGGAGCGCCUCAAGGAUCUAAUGCACCGAUAG